AUGCCGUUAACAGCAAGGCAAAGAAGUAUUCAUAAUAAGAAUGGAGCAAAACGGACAACAAGCUUUAAAGGGAAGCGUCUACGUAAAGGCAGCGAGGGAGAAUACAUAGUUACGAGUGCACCAACAGACCUACAAAGUUUGGCAUAUCCUGGUGGAGCAGUGGCAUUGGCACUGCUGUUGGUUGCACGAUUAGCAUCUGCCUAUUGGGGCCAUAUUUCAGACUGCGAUGAAACAUUCAACUAUUGGGAACCUCUUCACUAUUUAGUGUAUGGAACUGGCCUACAAACAUGGGAGUACAGUCCUGUCUAUGCCAUUCGGUCAUACAUGCCGCUGUGGCUAUUUGCUGUACCUGCCAAAAUGCUGUCAUUCAUUUUCUCACCUGUGACUGUGUUCUACUCUCUGCGAUUUCUACUUGCUGUGCUUUCGGCGUGUGCUGAACUCAUUUUUUACAAGGCAGUGUGUCACGAGUUUGGGGUCCAUGUAGGCAGAAUAUGGCUAGGCCUGACUCUACUAGCUGCAGGCAGCUUCGUUGCGAGCUCUGCUAUGUUGCCUUCCUCGUGGAGCUUAGCUCUUGUGUCUGCUGCGCUCGCCAGCUGGUGGCGGAAUCGAUACCCGGCCGCUGUUUUAUUUACGGCAGCUAAUGCUCUGCUCAGUUGGCCGUUUACCGCACUAAUUGGCCUUCCAAUUGCAGUCGAUAUGUUAAUAUUGAAGCGACAAUUUGUGGAAUUUUUCAAAUGGUCUCUCAUUUCCCUAAUUAUCAUCUUGCUGCCAACCAUAGCUGUGGAUUCGUAUCAUUAUGGACGGCUGGUCAUAGCUCCAUGGAAUAUUAUUGCAUAUAAUAUUUUCACCGAGCAUGGACCUGACUUGUACGGAGUUGAACCGUGGACAUAUUAUUUUAUUAAUGGAUUCUUGAACUUCAAUUUUGUUUGGGUACUGGCUCUGUGCUGCCCUGUGCACCUGAUGGUGUGCCGGGCGCUGGCCCCUCGCUCCACCCUGCGCGCCACCUUCUGCAAGCCCUACUGGCUCACGCUGCUGCCCCUGGACCUGUGGCUGGCCGUCUUUAUGCUGCAGCCGCAUAAGGAAGAAAGGUUCCUAUAUCCAGUCUACAGCAUGAUUGUCCUGGGGGGCGCCAUAGGACUUGAUUGCAUGCAGAAGAUGAUGUUCUGGCUAGGCACGGAGGUCUUCCGAUGGCAAAAGGACAGGAGGCACUAUUUGGCAUCGGAAUAUGCUGGCCAGGUUAUGAUUUUGGCUGCUUGUGGCAUUGGUAUUAUAGGAAUAUCUCGAACGGUAGCCCUCUACAACAACUACCAUGGUCCAAUGACGAUUCUCAACCAUCUGCCACCAACGAGUGAACCACUCAACAUCUGCUACGGCAAAGACUGGUAUAGAUAUCCUUCAAGCUUCCACAUACCACGAGGCAGUAAUAUUCGGUUCAUAAGAAGCGAUUUUAAGGGACAACUGCCGGCGCCGUAUUCCAGUGAAAAAAAUGCAACACGCCUAAUCCAUCCAUAUUUCAACGACCAAAACAAAAUGGAUCGUCGGACACUUUUACACCCGUCAGAGUGCCACUAUCUCGUAGAUUCCGACAUCGGCGAGCCCACAAUAUUGCAACCCGCGUACCAUAAAGACAACAACUGGGAAAUCGUUGCUAGUGUUCCUUUCAUAGAUGCGAAAAAAUCACAUAGUAUAUUUAGAGCGUUUUAUAUUCCUAUGGUAUCAAGUAAACAUUGUGUGUUCGCUAACUUGUAUUUGUUAAAGAAUAAGAUUUUACUUGGCUAGAAAAGCAACAUGUUCACUUUGCUGUUUCAUGGUUGGUUCUUACGAGUUAACGAUGCUUCUGUGAGAUGUCACUCUUUAAGAGUAUAACGAUUUGGAUGUGAAAAUUCGCACGCCAAAAUAUUAUC